GCUGGGAGACCGUGCGGCAAGAGCUGUCGCGGGUCUACGCGCAGUUCUACGGGGCGCUGAUUGGCGGCCUUGUCGUUAUCUUCAUAGCUUCAGACUACCUGGACAUCGUGGCGCUCGCGAUGCAGGCUUACUGGGUGCCGCAAAUCAUCCAUGAUGUCAGGCACGGCUCCAAGAAUUCGUUCACGCGCCGGUUCAUCAUCACGAUUGCGGCCACUCGCACUUUGGAGUUCCUCUACCUUUGGGGAUGUCCUGCAGGCAUCUUCAACGGCGACAUCUACCCACAACUACCUGGGGCUCAGUCGUUUCAGCUCUGCUCUGCGGCGAUUUGCCUCCAGGCAGCGCAGGUGGCUGUGAUGAUUUCGCAACAACGGCUUGGGCCCAGGUGGUUCGUGCCAUGGCUUUGCCUACCGCACGUGUACAACUACCGUCGGACGGCGCAGGCUGUUGCCGGAUCGGAGUGUGUCAUCUGCAUGCUGGAAAUCACGCCCGAGGACGGCUCUCACAUCGUAACCACUCCGUGCGACCACCGCUUUCACGACUCGUGCUUGGAGAGGUGGAUGGAUGUGAAGAUGGAGUGCCCCACAUGCCGGAGAACCUUGCCUCCCAUGUGA